AUGAGAUUGCUAAGGUCAAAUUCGGUGCAAUCCACUUCGCUUUUGGUUGCCUACUGGAGAAGUUUGGAAACUCUGCAUGCGCCCAGCAGUAAGCCUCUCAUUCAAGAUCCUACCGCGCAAAUCCUAUUGGAUAAUCUUUUGCCUCAGGAGGCUAGGCAAGAAUUUGAAACGAGUCCAUUGCGACAAAUUGGUUGGGACAUGUUGGCAUUACGAACUAGAGUGAUUGAUGAUUGGCUUUUGCAACAAGGUCCUUUUGCUGACAAUAAUCUUUCCGAAGAAGAUGGUAAUAAUACCAAGCGUCCUUCCGAAUCUGGUCAUCGUCGUCAGCUGGUGAACCUUGGAGCUGGCAUGUGCGGUCGUCCGUAUCGAUUAAAUUGCAAUGGUAUUUUAAGUCGGGUUUUGGAAGUGGAAUUGGAUGGGUCACUACUCGACAUCAAACAUCAAGUCUUGGCGGAAGCUGGUUGUCAACCAACCACUGAUCUGAUCUCGGUGGAACUAGAUCUGUUAAAAGACUCCAAGACAGCAUUGUCAACUCUAUACGAGAAUGGUUUGGAGGAAAACAAGCCAACAGAUUGGUUGGCAGAAGGUCUCUUUGCGUACUUGGAUUCCAAUGGCCAUCAGUCCAUUUUUGAACUGGCAGGACAUCGUCCUCAGUCCAGACUUGCAGUGUCAUUGUUCGAAGACGAAUGCAAAGAUUUAUUUUUACAGCACGGCGUGGACUUGCCAUGGAAUGAUGAUUUGGUUCCUUGCCAAGAUGUCAUUGCACAAGCGACAUCUGUGGGCUGGGAACUCGAACGACUGGUCCAAAACAAGGACUGGAAGGAACUGUAUGGUCGGGAUACACAUUUGCCUGGAUACAACAUCAUAUUCUUUCAGUGGCCGGAAUGCUGA